GAGCUGCCUGUGCGGGUCGUAGAGCCCCCACCGCUGCGCUCGGUAUAGGUUAUGUGAGAGCUGAGCUGGGAUGGAGCAUGACUCACAUACCACCUGGGAAUUCAAUGGCUCCUUCUAUCAGCCUUCAGCUUUCCUCAUGAUGGGCAUCCCAGGCCUGGAAGCCCUUCACCACUGGAUCUCCAUCCCUUUCUGUGCACUGUACCUUAUUGCUCUCUUGGGAAACUGCGUGAUCCUAUUCAUCAUAAAGAAGACCCAAAGUCUUCACGAACCCAUGUACUACUUCCUCUCCAUGCUGGCGGUCACUGACCUGGGCUUGGUUCUAUGUACACUGCCUACUACUCUGGGCAUUUUUUGGUUUAAUAUGCGAAGGAUUGGGUUUGAUGCUUGCUUCACUCAGAUGUACUUCAUUCACAUACUGUCCUUCAUCGAGUCCUCUGUGCUCCUGGCAAUGGCAUUUGACCGCUUCAUUGCCAUCUCCCGUCCACUGAGACACUCGUCCAUACUGACCAAGACCACUGUCAUGAAAAUAGGUUUGGUGAUUAUAUUGAGAGGUAUGGUCUCCCUCCUUCCCAUACCUUUCUUGCUCAAGAGACUAACCUAUUGUGGGAAGAUCGAACUUUCUCACUCUUUUUGCUUCCAUCCUGACAUCAUGAACCUAGCCUGUACAGACAUAAAAGUCAAUGUCUUCUACGGUAUGAUUAUUCUUUUGUCAACGGUGGGGACGGACUUCAUCUUCAUUGUGCUGUCCUACAUCUUGAUCAUUAAAACUGUUAUCGGCCUUGCAACCAAGGAGGAGUGUCUCAAGGCCCUGAAUACAUGUGUCUCCCACAUCUGUGCUGUUCUGGUGUUCUUCAUCCCAAUGAUCGGACUGUCCAUGAUCCAUCGCUUUGGAAAGAAUGUUCCACCUCUGGUUAACACUUUGGUGGCCUACACCUACCUUAUCAUUCCUCCUGCUCUCAACCCCAUUAUCUACAGCAUAAAAUGCAGCCAGAUCCGUGAGGCUUUGCUCAGGGCACUGAGGAGGAAGACUGAGUCAGAGUGGUAGCUUCCCCAACUAGUUCUGCCAGAAGGUGCUAGUGGACUGGUUUCUUGGUCAGAGUUAGCGGACUGGUUUCUUGGUACUCCAUCCAAGCGGGUCACUGCCAGAUUGAAAGAACUGCAGAUCUUCUCAGAUGCUGUCCCUCAGCCCAGAGCUGUGAUCUUCCAAGUUUUAUCCUAGCACGAUGCUUUCUUCCCUUCCAGCAGCCUGUGAACACCCCAAGCAGUAAUGCUGGUGAUAUAAACAGAUGGAAGCCCCAGUGAGAGGGAGACAAUUACAGCAAAAUGGGCUGCAUGAUUUUAUCUUCUCAAGUAGUGCAUUGGGGUGGAUCAAAGAACCGCUGAAACGCAUGUUAUGUGAACUCUAACAGCCAGAUAACAGCGUGUAAGCUUCACCCAGCGCCCCUUAGACAAGGUCAUGGGUCCCUCACUGGCCAUUACAGCACAGAUAACCCCAGCAGAAGGCUCAACAGGACAGAGCUUGGACCAAGACCUUGGCGUCACUCUUAAUAUCCCAAUGCUUAGUUGGUCAACUG